UAAUGCAAAAAAUUAAAAUCGUCAAGGAACGACGUAAGGCUGGGACGUCGACGGCUAGACAAACUAUGCUAUGAAUAAACAAAAUGGGGGAUAAUAAAGAUGAACAAACGAUAUUUUGAUGACGCAGAAAACCCAAUGAAGUGGGAAAAACUGCGGGUGGUAGAAAUCCAUCGAUUGCACUAUGAAUAAUCAAUUGUUACAAUGAGAGCUUAGAGAAUACUUGAGAGAGUACCGUGUGUUCUACAUCUAAAAUAAAAAUCUAUUUAUAAAGGAGGAAUUGGCAGUCUAGGUCUUCAAAGUAGCCGUUGAGAGAAGAUAAUUAUCUUCCCCUGAAUCUAGGAAGUCAGUUGAUUGACCCGUUCUUCUGAUUCAUUGAGCACAAGCAACGACCUUAUCUUGUUUUAAACACUGAACUAUUUGAACUGCAGAAUUAAUCAAAUAAAUCCCUGGAUUGCAGGGACGUUAGUUAUGAACUCGGGAUGACGCUUCUAUACGACGCCUAGGUCUAAGACGCGUCAUGAAAAUUCUGCACUAACAAUUUGCCCCUGAUUGAUGCUUUGGAUUCCUCGAGCUUCGGAGUAACAAUCUUACUCUGCCAACUCAGCGCAUUACCCUGAAUUUUCUGGCCGUUACUUUAGCUUGUCCAAUUUUUUAACUUCCACGAUGUAUCACAAUUCCCCAUUUUCUUUUGGUGAAAUAGCUUCCAACUGUCCCUUACAAAUUCUGAGCAAUUACUUUCCCCAAUUCACUUUAAGCUUUUUCAAAAAAUUUCAAAUUUUUCGAGCUCUUUCAAGUCAAAGAAUUCCGGUGCUCUUGAAGCUUUUUUUGGUACGAUCUCCGUACUUUUAACCAGGUAAUUUCUUCAACUUUGACUUUCAAUUUCUUUAUUUUCUUGUUUUGAGAUGAAAGGGGGUAGUUCUAGAUCUAGGUUUUCACUUAGAAUUUUCGAGAAAUCUAGGGAUUUACCUAUUGAAACUAUGGCGACGCUUGAGAAUCCUGCAAGGACAAUUAUUGAAGAGGAACUUCCAUCCUUUUCUUCCAUGUCGGGCUCCCCUGAGAGUGCCUUAAUGGUAUUCCCUUCAAAGGACAAAUGUCCUGAAGAUUGUCCUGAAGGCCACAUUGUCUUUUAUGAGUAUCCCUUUAAACUGUGGUUUAAAUUUCAGUUCGAUUCCUUGACUCGUUCUUUCAUGGAGGUGCUCGACCUGAGCCCAGGGUAAGUGAUGCCCCUAGUCUAGAGAGUUGCCCAAGUGAUCGCAAAAGUGACUGAAGGUUAGGAAGAUCCCUUUAAUCUUUCCGACCUGGCUCACGUAUACAAAAUCCAUGUUGAAGCUUCAUUCUAACUGAUGUACCCUUCACGUGGGACGUGGUCGUUCUGCCCUAGUUGGGAAAUUGAACGCCAAUGAUCGUGGAUGGAAGAUACGUUAUGUGUUUGUUGACAGGGAGACCUUAGGGAAGACGCUCAAUGGAAAAGGACUGGGUGGCGUGGCGGAGUGAUUGACGUGAGCGCUGUCGCCGUUGGAGAUAAGAGUGACGACAAGGUGAGAGCUUUUCUGAGUGUUCCACUGAAGGACAAGACGUUCCCUUGCAUUGGCACAGAAGUUUCAGAACGAUCAAGCUCUGAUACGGAGGAGGACGUGAGAAUUCUUGACGAUACCACAACUAUGGCUUCAGACGCUGCUCAUUCGUCCAAGACCCGAGUUAGUUCCAUGACUAUGAGUGAGAUGAUUGAGAGGGCUACGAAGAAAAGGAAGCAAACGGCUGGUGCUUCUACUGCCCCUAAGGUGGUCAUUGACGCGAAACCCCUUAACGUCCAGAUUCCUGGUAAGAAUCCUGAGGACAAGAAAGUUCCCAACGUCCGUACUUCUUCUGCCAAAGAGAAGCAAAUCAAAGAGGAAGAAUAUGAGGUUAGGGUCCCUGUCAGUUUUCUGUCUAGGGACCCAAAUGCUGUGCCGCUAUGGCCUACCAUAGAAAAACUGUUUUUCUCUUCUACUAAGCGUUUAAGUCAAUUCAAACCUCCCGAAAUAGUCGGUGAAGCUAUCAACCUACAACUGAAUGCUUUUCAGGAUCUACUGGCCAUUCGAGGCCAUUUUAUUUCAAAUGAAAAGGAGCCGGGCACUGUCAAGAAUGCACUUAUUGCUACAAGAGGAGAAACUCGUACUAGCAAUGAGGAGUUAGCCAAAGUAAAGCGUUCAUUAGACACUGCUCAAAAAGUACUUGGGGAGAAAAACAAUGAAAUUGCAGGUUUGAAUACAAACGUUAACGAGCUGAACUAGAGAAUUGCUGACCUGACUAAGAACAUCUCUGAGUUAGAGAAAGAGCUAAAUGACGUCCAAGAGGACGCUAAGGACUCCAAGUGUUUGAAACAACUAACUGGGUGGGCCAAGGUUUUGAAACUCUUCUUGGCUGAUCGUUUGACUAAGGAGGAUGCUUAGAGGGAGAUUGGUGACUACCUUCAGUCCUUGGGCACCGCGACUGACAUCAAAUCUGAGUCCGAGAAAGAAGCUGAGGAGGCCAAGUCUACAGCUUAGUCGGUGCCGACCGAUGUCCAGAACCUGUCUUCUACCUUGGUUGAGACCCCAACUCCGAAUGUUGAGCAAGUUCAGGAUGUUGAUGAGGACAUUGUUCAGGAUGCUUAACUGCUGGGGUCUUUUUCUUUCAAUGUUCUUCUUAAUCUGUGUUUUUAAAUCUGUGAACUUUCGUAUUUUGUGUUUUGGGCGCCUAUAGGGAAUAUUUCAAGCAUUAUCCUUAGCUUGAACCCCACUGUGAUCAUACACUAAAGUACGGUA